CAGCCUCAGUUUCGUCCAGCCAGUCAAUCAGUCAGUCAGUUAGUCAGCGAGCGGUCAGCGCGGAUAGUACCCGAUAGUGUUCACACCGAGAGAAAGUCCUUUUGAGAUUUUACAAGUUGAUUUCCGCUCGUUUGGAAUCAAUUUUCGCUGGAAAAAUUGUGUUUUGCGAACGGCGAAAUGGGUGAUCCGGGAAAUUUGUGGCACCAACUGAGCUCACAACGAAAAUGUUGAAACUGGAGGCAGCAGCGUUCGUUCGGGGGAACUCGGAACCGAUAUGCUAGCAGACGUUGAUUGUGUGAAGAAUUGGUAAUUUCCAGCACUCCGUUUGUUCUCCCCCUCCCCCGCGCUGUUAGUUUUCGUUUGACUCCCUUCUGGGUGUAUGGUUUUCCCUCGGACCCGCCAACAGUCGCCUUCUUGGAACAAUUUCGUGUGUGAAUCCGUGAACGUUUUAUGUCCUUUCGACUAGCGACGCACUCAGGCACUCAGUGUGGGGCUCAACCAUGAUGCAUGUGUUCGGAAGAGAGUGAGUGAUUCACACGAAGGAUUGCACCGGGAGAGAACUGUUUGUGAACCGUCUGCGUGCGUGUUUGUGUGUAUGUAACUGGAAAACUCUGUGUGAUUUUCCUCGCGAAUCGGGUUCGGAGAUUUCAGUCGAGCAACUCUCGCGUUUCAUGAAGUUUCGCCUGUUUUUGGGCAGCUCUUCGCCGUGUCUGCUGCAACCACUAUUACUACUGGUGCUGGUGUGUGACACUGUUUAGGGCGGUUCCGCAGACGGGUAUCCUGGCUCUGCUCUGUUGCAGAAGUGUUUUUGCCACUUUUCCGGAUCAAAGCGGUGGAAGCGCAGUCUGGAGUGAACCGCAAUCCGUGCCGGAAAUGGCCAGUGCUGUCGAGCGUUUGUAGAUUCUUGUGGUUUCCGUGCAGGUACAAUUCGGGACAGUUUCGAAAGUUCGAAAGUGGACCGCAGUGAAGCAGCGAAAAUCUCCGCGUGCCGCGUAUGUGUUGGUGGAGUUUUCCCUGGGAAACGAAGCUCUGUUCGUUGGGGUUUUUUGUCCGAAAUAAGGGUGGUUUGAUCUCGUGUCCUAGCCCUAACUAGUUGCGUUGGGAAGGAGUUGCUGCUAAGAAUGUGUAAUUCCUGAGAAUAAAUCUGUCAUGGUUCAGUGCAGAAAUCCUGAACCUUUGCCAGGUCAAAAUUGCUGGCCUUUGACGCAGCCCCGAAAAUAUCGAUAAAAGAUUGUGUGUGGACCAGAGUCGGAGCGAGAUAGAACUCGUGUGGGUAUUAGAGCGAGAACCGUCGCGGCUGAGUGUUUGCGUGUGUGUGAAUGCAACAGAACACAUCGGCGCGAGAGCGAGAACAAGGACUGCUAAUGCGAGGAAGGACGAUCGCUCGGAUUUAGGCUGCGGAGAAACGCAGGAUAUUUGACAGAAUAACAGGCUACAGGGAAGGAAGUGUGCAAAUUUGAUUUUCUGUCUCACUCUCCUGUCUUCGCCCCAUUUCUCACUCACCCGCAGAGCACCGAAAAACCCGCAAUCCGUUUCGAUUUGUUUUCGUCGUCCCUGUGCCCUACUGGAAGAGUGCUAGGGAAAACACCACCCACCACCCACUUGGCGCUGUUCGCUGUUCGUGUGUAUCGCUACAUGUGAAGUGCUCGUGCGAAAAUAGUGCGGUCCUUCGGCGAAAACGGCUCGAAACUCGAAAGCCAAACAAUGAGCAAAGGCAUGUUGAGCGACUGCUGAAAAUUACACAACGCGUGGAAACGUGUGCUCGAUAACGACAGCGGAAGCAAAAAAGAUCGCUUUUAUCUCUCUGUAACAAGCGAGAAAAUUCCCGUUAACAGAAGAAGAAAAGUAUCCUGCUGUUUUUGUGCUCGGAAGCGCCUGGAAGAAUAACAAUAGUGUGCAAGAACGAAGUGACUUCAUACACAGUGUUUGAGAUAUUUCCCGUUCAGGACGACUGCUAGAAUUGUAGAAAGUCGACUUUUUGCGAAGCGAAAAUUACGCUGCAAGUGUGAAAUGCUGUGAAAAACUGAUUUAACAAGGCAAAGCGAUCUCUUGAGCCAAAAAAAAAAAGAGGAAAGCUCGAGUUGUGGUGUUAUUUUUUUACUUUCGUAUCGUGUGAACGUGGUGAACUUCAAAGCGUUUUUCCGUCGUCGACAGAGGCUCUAACAAAUUCAACAAAGUGUAGUGCUGUGCUGUGUGUGUGCGUGUGUGAAAAACACGGUGUGCCCUUUCAGCCGAUGGAAGCAAAACAACACAGGCCAAAACCUAAAUAGAGAUACACACACAAACACCCGUAUAUAUAUAUAUAUACACUUAGGGCGCGCGCGUGUAUAAAAAUACAUUUGGAGUGGCUGAGCGUGAAAAUUAUCGUGUUACAUUUUCGGGGCUAAAUUUUGCUCCUCUCAAUUCCGCGAGCUGCUGCCGAAAGGAAUCAACGGAAAACAAGAUUUUUCCUUUUCCUCGUCGUCGUCAGUGUAAAACUACCCAUUAAGGAACGGGCACUUUUUUCCUUUGUAUCCGGAUGGUUCCUGCCGAGAAGCCAUCAACGGCAGCUUCGAGGAAGCAGGCACGAGCAUAGCAUUGCCCACCCGCAAAGAACAAAUCAGAAAAUAAUUGAAACUUUCCUAGUGAGUAAUUAGUGGUAGCCAGAGGUGCUCGUAGAUAUCUCCCGAUAGUGACAUAAUAAUCGAAUUCUGUGAGACGAAUUGUGUGACGAACAAACGACCUCCCCUAACGGAUUGUGUGUUUAGUAUGGGCAAACAAGUGAACCUUGAUAUAGUGAUAUAGUGCGAUAGAUCAUAUUCCAAGCUCGGUGCCGGAUAGUGCUGAAUAAUACGAAGUGACCCUAAAUAGCUUCAUCACAUCAUCAUCAUAUUGAAGAAUCGCCCAUCGUUUUCAUCAGAAGCAGCGGACAUUUUCAAUCCUUCCGGUGGAUGCUCGACAUGGCAGGUUUUGCCUUAAAGCCGGCCGUCUCCAUGUUAUGGCGGCAAACGGCGACCCUUCGAUGAUCUCUCCUCCGUCUUCCAUUUCGAACGGCCCUGAGCCCCAGUUACCGCCGUUACCACCACCGUUACGCUCGACACAAGUGUUACAGCCGCUAUCAGUAUAUCCAGUUUCAACCUUGAGUCAGGAAGCUACGUAUGAUUAUGUCUUUGGAGGGCCCUUGGACUCGCAGGCCCUGUCAUCAACGCUUAAGCUGACCUCGCCUCCAAUACGACUACGUCACGACGUUUACCGUACCCAAUCGAUCGACUCGCAGCGCAGCAGUGGCGUAGACGAUGGGCGAUCCUCGUCCGCUCAGCACUCACAGCAUCACCGUUCAUCUCGUGCAAGUUCACUUAAGCGAUCAAGAUACGUAGGAGGAGACGGAACCGCUUCAAUUGGCUCCCGCAAAAGCGAUCGCGGCGAUGGGGAAGAUGAGGACUCACUGCGUCAAUUGCUUAUCGAAUUGCAGAAGCAGGUCAGCGUGAUGAGCAUGAAUCUGUCGGCGAAGUUAGACGAUCUGCAGCGGGGUGACCGGCAUCUCGAGACGACGGUCGCCCUCUGCGAGAUCCGGACGCAACUGCAGGAGCUCACCAAGUCGGUGGAAAGCUGCCAGACCGAGGUCUCGGAGGUAAAACGAGAUAUGGUCCAAAUCAAGCAUGAGCUCGAUACCGUGCAGCAGGUGAAGGAGGAGAUCGAGGAGCUGCGGGAGUACGUGGACCGGCUGGAGGAGCAUACUCAUCGGCGAAAAUUACGUUUACUAGAGCAAGGUUUGACGUUCUUCCUGUCGUACUCCAUCUUUGCGGCGGUCCUCGGAAUGCUGCAGUUUGGGUACAACACCGGCGUUAUCAAUGCGCCCGAGGUCAACAUCGAAAACUUCAUGAAGGACGUGUACAAAGACCGGUACGGGGAGGACAUCAGCGAGGAGUUCAUCCAGAAGCUCUACUCCGUGGCGGUGUCAAUAUUUGCCAUCGGAGGCAUGCUCGGAGGUUUUAGCGGAGGCUGGAUAGCGAACAGAUUCGGCAGGAAAGGGGGUCUGCUACUUAACAACGUGCUCGGCAUCACGGGUGCAUGCCUGAUGGGAUUCACGAAGAUGAGUCAUUCCUAUGAAAUUCUAUUCCUCGGACGAUUUAUAAUUGGUGUCAAUUGUGGCUUAAACACAUCAUUAGUACCAAUGUAUAUAUCUGAAAUUGCUCCAUUAAAUUUAAGAGGUGGUUUAGGUACCGUUAACCAAUUGGCUGUGACAGUAGGAUUAUUAUUAUCACAAGUACUGGGUAUAGAACAAAUUUUAGGAACUAAUGAUGGCUGGCCCGUGCUGUUAGGGCUCGCCAUCUGUCCAGCUGUAUUACAAUUACUACUCUUACCUAUUUGUCCCGAGUCACCUAGAUAUUUACUUAUUACGAAACAGUGGGAGGAGGAAGCGCGAAAGGCUCUCCGGAGGCUGAGGGCAUCCAACCAGGUGGAGGAAGACAUCGAAGAGAUGCGGGCCGAGGAGCGAGCGCAGCAAUCCGAAAGCAGCAUAUCGACGAUCGAGCUGAUAUGUUCCACGACGCUGCGUCCGCCACUCAUCAUCGGAAUUGUGAUGCAGCUGAGUCAACAGUUUAGUGGAAUUAAUGCCGUAUUCUACUACUCAACAUCGCUCUUCAUGAGCUCAGGUCUAACGGAGGAAAGUGCUAAAUUUGCCACAAUAGGAAUCGGUGCAAUAAUGGUUGUGAUGACACUCGUAUCAAUACCACUAAUGGAUAGAACCGGUCGGCGAACACUGCAUCUGUACGGAUUAGGUGGAAUGUUUAUAUUUUCAAUAUUCAUAACGAUAUCAUUUUUAAUAAAGGAGUUUUUUGGUUAUGUGCAGGAAAUGAUCGACUGGAUGUCCUACCUGUCAGUGGUGUCGACGCUGGCGUUCGUGGUAUUCUUCGCCGUCGGGCCCGGCUCGAUCCCGUGGAUGAUUACUGCCGAGCUGUUCAGCCAGGGGCCGCGGCCGAGCGCGAUGGCGAUCGCGGUGCUCGUCAACUGGAUGGCAAACUUCGUCGUUGGAAUUGGUUUCCCAAGUUUAAAGACUGCCUUGGAAAAUUAUACAUUCCUACCGUUUAGUGUAUUUUUAGCAAUAUUUUGGAUAUUUACAUAUAAAAAGGUUCCUGAGACCAAAAACAAAACGUUCGAAGAAAUUUUAGCACUAUUUAGGCACGGGAAUGGAAGAAAUCUUCGUGAUAGUAGACUGUACGGGAGUAUGCUAAACUGCGUAAAUAACCUGGAACCGCAGAGUAUGAACUCAGGCAUCGAACGUGCCGCGCUGAUGAUCUCCGAGGAAAAGACCCAGCACGACUCACUGUUCGGAAUGCCCACGCUGGACGGUGAGAUGGGUCCCUACCCUGUGGGGGACGGUGCGCUGCUCGGGACGGCAAAACUGUACGGCACAGCAACUCUGGACGGCGAAAUGGGUCCCUAUCCGGUGGGGGAUAGCGCGCUGCUCGGGACCGCCACUCUGGACGGUGAGAUGGGACCCUACCCGGUAGGGGACAGCACCAAUCUGCUCGGGCCGCAGUACACGAUGUCGUUCGGGACGACACUGGCAGGCGCCCCGCUCGGUUCCGGGCGGCUAAACUACGGAACGACGGGACCAACCGUUAGUACAACUUGCUCACCGAUGCCAAACAGACGCGGACAGUCGCGUGGAGCCGCGACGAGCGGAAGGAGUGGUGGUGGUGGUGGCUGUUCCGGUGGCACUAUCGCCAGCCGGGACAGCUUCCGAAGACACUCGGCCCACGGGAGGAUAGUGUGCACAGCUGCAUCCGAGCGUUGUUCCGAAAACGCAAGAAAUACUCAAAUGCGAGCUGCUAUCUGUGCGCCCCAUCACCAUCAUCAGCAAGUACCUGUCUGCCAGAACACAGGGCCUUGACUGAAGAGCACCGCCUUGACUCCUAA